AUGGGGCAGAGUGGUGCAGCGGCGGUGUCCGCGGGGCUGUGGGUCUUGGUGACGGUGGGCGUGGCGGCAGACCCCCGCGCGGCGGCGCCCCGGCGCUGCCUCCUGUCGCACUACCGCUCGCUGGACCCCGGGGCGCUGGCGGCGGUCAAGGCGCUGAGGGACCGCUACGUGAGUGACGCGCAGACCCUCCGCCCCGGACCCUGGGCCCGCCGGGCGCGGAGACGCAGGGCCCUGAGCCGAGGGGCCCUUAGGACCAGGCGUCCAGCAGGCGCAGGUCUUGUCUACGGGUCCAGGGCGCCCCUCCAGGCGGACUCGGCUGCACGUCGGGGCGCAGGGCUCGGCAAGGCGAGCGCGGGCUGCAUUUCAGCCGCGAUCACGCCUCCGGAGAGCCCUGUGGUUCAGUCCACAACAAGCAUCACCGCACCGGCCGCCGCCGUCCCCGUCCAGGGAUCCCCGACGUCCCAGCCCUUCAGGAGCCCUGGCGAGGAGGCCCGGCCUCACCCGACCCUGGUCCCGCAGGAGGAAGAGACGCUGAGCAGGAGGCCGCGCCUCUGCUCCUUGCGGCCCUCGGGGAGUCCGCGAGCCGGCGGGGAGGCGCGGGCCCGGGCGGCCCUCUCUCACUCCCGGUCCCCGCACUCGUGCGCGCGCCUCCGCCUCGUGGCCCGGGGCAUCGCGGACGCCCAGGCCGUGCUGAGCAACCUGCGAGGUCCCGAGCGGGUCCCCGGCACCGGCCCGACCCUGGAGCUGCUGGCGGCCGCGGCCCGGGACGUGGCGGCCUGCCUCGAGCUGGUCCGGCCAGGCUCCUGGAGGAAGUCCCUGCGGCCACCCAGGAGGCGUCCCAACGCACGGAGAGCUGAGUGGAGCCAGGGUGAAGCGGACUCGCCUCGGUGCCACGAAGCCACCGUCAUCUUCACCCUCCUGCGCCUGCUCACGUGGGACCUGAGGCUGGUGGCGCACGCGGGGCCUUGUGUCUGAUCCGCCGGGCUCCGCCGG